GCGGGCCGCUGUCUCUGAGAGCCCUCGGGAAGCGACCCCGACGCCGAGCCAGCGCGGACCCGGAGAGCUUCGGCGGAGGGAGCCCAGCCGAAGGCGCACUCUCGGCACCAUGGCCCAGACGCCUCUUUUCAACCUGCCCAAAGUAGAGCUGCACGUCCACCUCGAUGGAGCCAUCAGGCCGGAAACCAUCUUAUACUUUAGCAAGAAGAGAGGCAUCCCCCUCCCGGCAGACACAGUGGAGGGGCUGUGCAGCAUCAUCGGCAUGGACAAGCCCACCUCGCUCCCGGGCUUCCUGGCCAAGUUUGAUUACUACAUGCCUGUUAUCGCAGGCUGCAGGGAGGCCAUCAAAAGGAUUGCCUAUGAGUUUGUGGAGAUGAAGAUAAAAGAGGGCGUGAUGUAUGCGGAAGUGCGCUACAGCCCACACCUGCUAGCCAACUCCAAAGUGGACCCAAUCCCCUGGAACCAGACUGAAGGGGACCUCACCCCUGAUGAGGUUGUGGAUCUUGUGAACCAGGGCCUGCAGGAGGGAGAGCAAAUGUUCGGCACCAAGGUCCGGUCCAUAUUGUGCUGUAUGCGCCACCAACCCAGCUGGUCCCUUGAGGUGUUGGAGCUGUGUAAGAAGUACCAUCAGAAGACCGUGGUGGGUAUAGACCUGGCUGGUGAUGAGACCAUCGAAGGAAGCAGCCUCUUCCCAGGCCAUGUGGAAGCCUACGAGGGGGCAGUGAAGAGUGGUAUUCACCGAACGGUCCAUGCUGGGGAGGUGGGCUCUGCUGAGGUUGUGCGAGAGGCUGUGGACAUACUCAAGACAGAGAGGGUGGGCCAUGGCUACCACACACUGGAGGACGAGGCCCUCUACAAGAGACUACUGAAAGAAAACAUGCACUUUGAGGUGUGCCCCUGGUCCAGCUACCUCACAGGCGCCUGGGAUCCCAAAACGACGCACGCAGUUGUUCGUUUCAAGGAUGAUCAGGCCAACUACUCACUGAACUCAGAUGACCCCCUCAUCUUCAAGUCCACCCUGGAGACAGACUACCAGAUGACCAAACGGGAUAUGGGCUUUACUGAGGAGGAGUUCAAGCGAGUGAACAUCAACGCGGCAAAGUCCAGCUUCCUCCCCGAGGACGAGAAGGAAGAGAUUCUGGAAUGGCUCCACAGGGCCUACCAGUAGCUGCCACAGGCUGAUGCAGGGCAGGUCCCCUGAAGAUGGCAAGGCCACUUCUUUGAGCCUUAUCCUCUGGAUGUAGUCUUCACAAAGCUGUGACAUGCUGACCUUCAUCCCUUUCAGGCGUUGGAGUGGCCAGGUCUGUCUUCUGAUUAGGUGUCUGGCUAGGGACCAGGGGCCCUGCCAAUUGUGGGUAUGAACAGGAAACCUUCCUUCUAAGGCUAAAAAGUCUGGUGUUCAAUAAAGCAGCCGGUGACUGGUA